AUGGACGGCUACGGGGUCCCUGCUUCGGGACCUAGCACGCUCCGACAGAUUGAUGACGUUCCAUCUGAAUCAGAAGAUGAAGAGGGGAUUGGUUUUCCUGCAGGAGGCGCGGUCGCCGAGUCUGAUUCGGACGAGGAAGAUCAGAUCCAGGUCAAUGGAAAAGCACCCUCAAUCGGGUCAAGGUGCAGCGUGAAGAAGUUGCACGACCUGAUUUCCUCAUUUGAUGAGGAGAAACGACAGUAUGUAGCCGAGAUGGAGUUUGGGGGGCUGCUAGAGCUACCAAAGAUAACAAGGACGGAUAGGCAUUUCUUGAUGUCUAUCCUAAGCCACAUCGAUGAGGAGGCAAGUUCAAUUACAAUUGAUCACAAACGCGACAUGCAAUUUUUCGAUGAAGAUGUCAAACUGGUCAUCGGCAUACCAUGUGGAACUGCUCCUAUUCGCCCUCCAGACCACGCUGUUCCGGAGGCAGUGGUGACACAGAUAAGAGAGAUGUUUGGAAUUGGUCCAGGAGAGCACAGCAUACUGCCAAUCGUUGAAGCUGUGAAGCAGACAUACGGGCGUCCUGUGACGACACACGAGAAGAACAGGUUCAAAGUGGGGCUGGUCAUAUGCGCAUGCACAUACCUCCUCGCUCCAACAAUGAAGAACGACUACUUCUGUACUGAUUAUUGGGGCGCGCUGGCAACGGCAGAGCUCAUACAUAUGCACAACUGGUGCCGAUAUACAAGGGAAGAGCUGUUAGUUGCGGCGAAGAGGGUGAAGGCAGACCUUCUAGGAGGGCGUCUGAAGUCUAAUCUAUCAGGUUGCCUCCCAUUUGUACAGGUGUUCUAUAUUGACAAUCUUGACGUUGGAGAGCAGAACAUCGACCACACCGCGCGCCCAAGAGUGAAGGCGUACAGCUACGCAGCUAUCAGAUCAAUAAUUGAAAAGGACAUCAAGUCGCGCAAGGGAGAUUACCCAGUCAUCUAUGGCAGACUCCUGCCAAGACCAGCAGCAGAUGUCUGUUAUCACAGAAACCCUAUAACAAGGCAACGAGCAGCAAGCACAUCAGCCGGUCGUGACUCUCGAAGCUCUGUUCCAUCAAAUCGUGGUUCGUUAGACAUUAAGGAGGCUUCUUACCUCGUCUUAGACAAAAUAUCAAAGUUCACAGCCCGUUGUGAGGAGGUUCUAAUUUCCACUGCAAGGAACAAAGAAGAGGAGAACCACCGUCAUUUCAGUGCACUAAAUACCUUGGAAAACUCUGCCCAACAAAAAAUAAAGAAGGAGGCCAAAAGAAUGAGGGAUGAAUUCUUUUCGUUCUUCAAAAACUUCGAGAGGCAACAUGCUGCGAUAAGGAUGCGAAGGGGUGCAUCAGGUGUCGAUGUUGAUUCUGGUAAUUGCCGCAACGCAUCCCCAAUACCAGAUCUCGCUGUGUCAACGCCUUGCAAUGCCAAACCAACACCUCCAGCGAGCGGCGGGUGUCAGGGCAACACAAACUCAUCACCGGACGUUGUCGAGGUGACUCCUAGGCGGUUCAAAAGGAUAGCAAAGAAACCGAAGAAGGUAACAUUUGAGUGCGGGCCAUCAGGCGUCAUGGACAUCACAGACAGUGAAGAUAAUGUGAAUGAUUGUUUAUCACACCCUACAGCAAUACGUUCAACUUCUGCCCUGGAAGAUGGCAACCCGGAAGACAGCUCGCCUGUCGUCAACAUCGCACUAGACAGCUUGAUAAGAGAAGCAGAGAGGUACAGCAGGUCAGGCAAGCAGAUUGUUGACGGUUCCACUGCAACCAGGGAUUCCAUCCUGGAACUUGCAAGUAGAGGUCAAUCAUCUGGCGCAAAAGAUGUCGAGGAUGGUGCAGCAACAUACUCUGUUUGUUGUGCUCAAGACCCCAACUUCGACAACAGGCGUCAAUGGAACUACCCGUCUGGACACCCACUUAUCGAGGAGACGCCGUCAUUUGACCUGGGCGUCUUCACACCUCCUUGCAAUAAAGCAAAAGAACCUACCUCGUUGAGCAUUGGUUCCAUAAAGGGCAUCACGCGGAAAGACCUGUUCGGCGCUGGUGAAUUCUCCACUAAAACUCCUGGGUCUGCAGACCAGGUGACACCAUCAACCCCCUUUCACAUAGGGAGCGCAACUAUACAUCCCACACAAGAACACCGUGUGGUGGCACACGUGUCACCGGUUAGUUGCACUAGGUCUGUAGCCACUGGCCUUUUGGACUUCAGAGAGGAAGUAGAGGCAGACUGUGUAAACCUGAACAAACCGGUUGAGGAAAUAUCACUACCCGCACCACCACCCAAAAGGAGAGUUGCCCCUGGGCCUGCCGGCCGAUCGCCGUUUGUCAUGCAAUAUCGUUUGUCCGAGAGGGCUUCAGGAGAUGCAACACAUUUGUAUCUAACAUUCUCCCAGAUGGACGGAGCAGUGCUAAGCAAGUAA